GUAAAGAACGUGGUAACAAAACUAUAAGAUCCUAGUGAAAAAUAUUGGUAAAGAAAUGUUCUACGGGUAUAGAAGUUCAUAUAAAAUAUUAACAAAAUGUCCAUAGCAAGUGAACGCGUCGAGAUGGAUGAAGAUGAAGUGGCGUUCACCAAAGCCCGUGAGUUGACCGACGAAGAAAAGGUAAAAUUAACCCAACAAGACACGCGACUUGUGAGUUCUUUUAAAGCAAAUAAGUUAGAAAUAGAUUCCAAAAAGAACUGGGAUUUGUUUUAUAAACGAAAUGAUACCAGAUUCUUUAAAAACCGGCAUUGGACUACACGUGAAUUUGAAGAAUUACUAGAUGAUAAAUCCGAGCAAAGUACGCCAAAGAAAAUGCUAGAAAUUGGAUGUGGCGUUGGUAAUUUAAUAUACCCCUUGAUUGAAGAUAAAUUGAAUAGGUAUUUCAUAUAUGCUUGUGAUUUAUCUGAAAGAGCAGUCGAUUUGGUGAAAUCAAAUUCAUUGUAUGAUGAAAAUAUAAUGAAGGCUUUUCAAUGCGACAUAACCAAGAAUGAUAUUUUCCAGUAUUUGGAAAAUGAUUCUGUGGACAUAGUUACUGCAGUUUUUGUUUUAUCAGCGAUACACCCAGAUAAGUUCAGCACAACGCUGCAAAAUAUUUUUAAUAUAUUGAAACCAGGAGGUGUAUUGCUGUUUCGAGAUUAUGGAUUGUAUGAUAUGGCUCAAUUAAGGUUCAAACCUGGAAAUAAAAUAGCUGAUAACUUUUAUGUACGGCAGGAUGGUACUAGGUCAUUCUAUUUUUCUACCGAGUACCUUGAAAGCCUUUUGAGGUCAGCAGGAUUUCACAUCAUUUCAAACACCUAUAUUCAUAGACGUACUGUGAAUAUAAAAAGCAACAUUGAUGUUCCUAGAAUAUUUGUUCAAGGCAAAUACAUGAAGCCUUACAGUUGA